CAACCGCGGCAGGAGGAAAACAACAAUAUUCAUUGGAAGAAGGGUGGAACUUAUGGCAGUGCGAGGCGACCCCAGAUCUAACUGAUUUAGUUCACUUCUGAGCCUUUUUUCAAUUCCACUUGAUCUGUAAAUGGUGUCGAGCCCAUGAACCUGGCCAGUCAUAGCGGAGAGGCCGGCUGUAGCCAGCUGCUCUUCGCCAACUUUAAUCAGGAUAACACAUCCUUAGCAGUUGGUACGAAGUCUGGGUACAAGUUUUUCUCCUUGUCAUCCGUGGACAAAUUGGAACAGAUAUAUGAAUGUACUGACACAGAAGAUGUGUGCAUCGUGGAGAGACUGUUCUCCAGCAGCCUUGUCGCAAUUGUCAGCCUUAAGGCACCUAGGAAGCUGAAGGUCUGUCAUUUCAAGAAAGGGACGGAGAUAUGCAACUACAGUUACUCAAACACUAUACUGGCUGUGAAAUUAAACAGACAGAGAUUGAUAGUGUGUUUAGAGGAGUCACUCUAUAUCCACAACAUUAGGGAUAUGAAAGUACUACAUACCAUUCGAGAGACUCCUCCUAAUCCUUCAGGACUCUGUGCCCUGUCAAUCAGUAAUGAUAACUGCUACUUGGCCUAUCCAGGAAGUGCAACAAUUGGGGAGGUACAAGUUUUUGACACGGUCAACCUGAGGGCGGCAAACAUGAUCCCUGCCCACGAUAGCCCACUAGCAGCUCUGGCAUUUGAUGCAAGCGGAACUAAAUUGGCCACAGCUUCUGAGAAGGGCACCGUAAUCCGGGUGUUCUCUAUUCCAGAGGGCCAAAAGCUGUUUGAGUUUAGGAGGGGAGUAAAAAGAUGUGUAAGCAUCUGUUCCCUUGCCUUCAGUAUGGAGGGACUCUAUCUUUCUGCCUCAAGCAACACGGAGACGGUUCAUAUUUUUAAGCUGGAGACGCAGCGAGAGAAGCCUCAAGAGGAACCCACUACUUGGACGGGAUACUUUGGGAAAGUAUUGAUGGCCUCCACAACAUAUCUGCCUGCUCAUGUAACGGAGAUGUUCACUCAAGGAAGGGCAUUCGCCACAGUCCGAUUGCCCUUUUCAGGUCACAAGAACAUCUGCGCUUUGGCUGUAAUCCAAAAGAUCCCACGCCUUCUGGUGGCUGCAGCAGAUGGUUAUCUUUACCUGUACAAUUUGGACCCACAGGAAGGAGGAGAGUGCACGCUAAUGAAACAACAUAAGUUAGAUGGAAGUACAGAGCCAGCAAAUGAAAUUCUUGAACAGACAGCACAUGACCGGCCAUUUGUGGCACAGACCCACAGUGCUGGUGUUGCCAAAGGUUACAGUGAGGAUCAGGGGGCGGUAGGGGGUGCUGGCAUGGAGGAUGACAUGAACACUCUGCACCUGGACGACGAGAAUGAGCAGCCUCCCUUAAUCCUGGAAACAGAAUGAGCCUCUGCUAGUCACGCCCUGGCCAGAAGAUGGAGUCGACUGAGUGACAUUGCAGAGGGGGGCUAUCCUCCUCUUGAGCGCUGCUAUGGAGAUAUGUGACCUGAUACAGAAGGGAUUAAAAGAGAGAGAAUUUUAAAGCAAGCCUAGCUGUAGCCUUACUCUGUCUGUUGUUGCGUAUAGAUGUUUUCCUACCCCCACCCACCCUUGUGGCUUUAUAGAAUCUGGUGAAUUUUUCUUUUUUUUUUUUAAAUUUUUUUAUGCCCAGACAUGUCCUUAAUCAGACCAAUAUUUGAAAUCCGAGCUGCAGGUGUCACGUCUUUUAGCUUUGCAUGUACAUGUGCCAAGAGUAGACAUUCUAGAAAACCUUUGCUUUCAUGUUGUUGGUUCUGAUGUGUUUGCUGGCCAUUUCUCCUCUUUUUUUUUCCAAUGUGAUUGAAAGCUAACUGGCUUGCGUCGCCUGCUGCAUCACCACAUAACUGCAAUGUCUGCAUUGUGGAGUCCCAUUCGAAUAAUCAACAUUUGUGGCUGUGCCGUGACACCAAGAUGUGAAUUGUGUCCUGUAAUAGCAAUGUAUAUGACAUGUUUAUAUGGCAGCCUGUUUACAAUUACUGUUUAAAAUGACAUUAAUGGCCUAAACAGUGUUUAUAAGAGGCUUAUAACAUUACCUGGAGGGUUGUUUUUAGUUUUACCUGAAUUAGUGCAUCUGUAAACACAGAUGCUUUAGAAAACUCUCUUUUAAAAAAUCCCAAGCCACAUUCUGGACAACUUGGUUGACCGAUUUAGCACAUAUUUUUUGGCUUUUGAAUUACCCUCCGUGUCUUCCUGUUGCCUGAGUUGAUAAUUGGAUAAUUUUAUUAUUUCAGGUUCCAAACACUUAUGUAACCUCAGUAGAAGCAAUGGCUCUGUAAAGAAGGCAAUUAAUGUGUUGAUUUGCAAAAGAACUAGCCUGUGGUUUCAGUGGGCAAUCAGUCCCCAUCUUGUUUCUUGAUACAUUUUAUUUUGCUCAAGUCAUGUCCUGUCUCUCUAAACCAACAGCGAUGAUAGCUCAUGAAAUAACGGAGCAUCAUUUUAGGUGAGUUCUAUCUUGGUCAAAAAAGGUUAACAUUGAGAGGCUUCUGUUUUGCAAAAAGGAGAACCACAAUAUAUAUUUCUAAAAGACAUCUGCGUUCUCUGUCUUGUGACAGUGAAAUGGAAAAUCUUGUAAGCAAGAUGGCGUGAGCUUACAAAAGGCGUAUGUUCCCACAGACAUCCCUGUGGACAGCAGUCUGUUAAACAAACAUGGCUGGAGCCCAGGUCACAUGGUCUGGCUGUUUAAUCAGAACAGGUCAAAUAUAAAAUGUGAUAUCCAGGGUUCCUGAGUUCUUGUGAGAAAUUAGAGGACCAGGGCUUAUGAACGUGAUUACCAAAUAUUCAAAAUACUGCUAGCCAGUGUGCCCAAAUAAGCACACUUUUUUUUUUAGCAUGAUUGUUUCUUCAGCAUGUUUUGAUGUUGCAUGUCAACAUCAUUAAUCAAUCGACUUGUGUUUUCAUCAGCCAAUGAGCUCUAAUGCCCCAAGGCCGCUUUAAUGUUUUCUAAUGAUUUUUGUAUAAAAUGCAAAUUGUUCCAUAUAUAAAGAUUAAAUAAAUCCUCUGUUGGACAUGUUUAAUCGCCUUUGCAUAUAAAUCAUGUUGUGUAACAGAUCCAUCAAGUAUUUAUUUAUUUUAUUUAGUGUGAUGUACUUGAUCUUUCAUGUUAAAGGAAUGUUCCAGGUUCAAUACAAGUUAAGCUCAAUUUGUGGCAUUAUGUUGAUUACCACAAAUAUUAAUUUUGAUUCGUCCCUCAUUUUCUUUGAAUAAUGCAAAAAUGGAGUUUACAGUUAUGCACUUACAAUGGAUGUGAAUGGGGCCAAUUUUUGGAGGGUUUAAAGGCAGAAAUGUGAAGCUUAUAAUUUUAUAAAAGCACUUAUAUUAAUUCUUCCGUUAAAACGUAUGCAUUAUUUAAGCUUAAAGUUGUUUAUAUCGUAAUUUUUACAGUCGUUUUAAGGUUUGUUGACAUUACGACGUCAUGGCAACAAAGUUGCAAAAUUGGCUAGCUUUACACAGAAAAGGUUAGUAAGCGAUUUUAUCACAAAAAAAUCAUGAUAACUCAUUUUGUUUACGUCUAGUAGCUAUACUUUUGAAAUAGUGAGUAUUUUAACGUUAAAAAAUUGGCCCCUUUCAUUUCCAUUGUAAGUGCCUCACUGUAACCCAGAUUUUUGCUUUUUUUUUAAAGAGAAGGAGGGAUGAGUGAAAAUACAUUUUUGUGAUAAUCAAGAUAAUGCCACAAAUGCUGUUGAUUGAGCUUAACUUGUAUUGAACCCAGAAUAUUCCUUUAAUUUAACAGGUAGAGAAUCUUCAUUUUUGUAUCCUGGAUCUCAUAAAUAUGAAAAAGAGAGCAUUGCAUUAAAAUAAAACAGAAAAACAUUCAGAA